CUGCUGCCCCUGUUGUGGGCGGGGUCCCUGGCUCAGGAUGGCAGAUACCAGCUGACAGUGCAGGAGUCCGUGACGGUGCAGGAGGGCCUGUGCGUCUCCGUGCCCUGUGCCUUCUCCUACCCUCAGAGCUACUGGACUAGUCCCCAAGCUCACGGCUACUGGUUCCGGGCCGGGGCGAAGGAACAGCAGGAUGCUCCCGUGGCCACAAACGACCCAGACCGUGAUGUGCAGGAGGAGACCCAGGGCCGAUUCCGUCUCCUCGGGGACCCUAAGAACGACAACUGCUCCCUGGACAUCAGAGACGCACAGAAAAGGGACACGGGGACCUACUACUUUAGGGCGGAGAGAGGGAAUUAUCUGAGACAUAGUUACAAAACAAACCAACUCACUGUGCAUGUGACAG